UUACAAGAUUGUUUACAAAUAACACUGAAGUUAUUGAUUUCUUGUUAAUUGCAUGCAAAUAUAUUGAUGAAGAAUGACUAAAGCUGAUGACAAUUGUAGUUGAACUCCCUUUGAUAUAAGUCUAAUGCAGAAUGUCAGUAAGGGAAGUCAAACUCUGUUUGCUGGGGGAGUCGGGAGUUGGCAAGUCGAGUAUUGUACUGCGCUUUGUGAGAGACCAAUACAAGGAGAACCUGGAGAGCACUAUAGGUGCCUCUUUCAUGACGAAGCAGGUUGUGUUGGAUGGUAAGACAUACAUCUUCCAGAUCUGGGACACAGCGGGCCAGGAGAAGUACAGAUCUCUUGCGCCUAUGUACUACAGAGGGGCAGCUGCAGCAAUUGUGGUUUACGAUGUGACUAGAGAAGCAUCGUUUCCCGCAGUGAGGGACUGGAUUAGGGAACUUCAGCGGGCUGCAUCUGGCAACAUUGUCCUCGCGAUAGCGGGAAACAAGUGUGACCUCUCCGACCUACGGGAGGUGUCCAAACAGAAAGCCAAGGAGCUUGCUGAGGAACUUGGAGCCAUUUUUACUGAAACCAGCGCGCUGACGUCGGCCAAUAUACAGACCCUGUUUGAGGAAAUAGCACGCAGACUACCAGCAAAUGAUAUGCUCAUGUACAGCGACAGCAUGGCCUCGAACAUUCACCUGCGUAAUUCCCAUCGCAUAACGGAGGAUCGAAGGAAAAAGUCGUCCUGCUGUGCAACAAAACCUCCGCCCCAACGGUCUUAUAGCGUCACAUGACCAAAUGACUAGAAAGUGCUUAUGCAUUUAGUAUAAGUAGCAGUAUUUGUAGUGUUCCUUGUAUAUUGUCUGGUGUUUUGCUGUCUCAAAAAGAAUGAGCAGUGUAAUGUGGAAAUGGGUCUUAUGCCAGAUUUGGCGGUAUUAUUUCCAGACCAGGCUGGGCAUUUGCAGGAGCUACCGUGUCUGCUAAUGUGACAACAAAACCUUGCUUGAUUCUAUAGCAGACAGGGUAGUGCCUAACAAGACUGUUCCAAUGCACAGGCUAGCCUGGAGCUACGCUGAAUGCAUCUGGUAAAAGACCUAUUUUCACAUGAAGCAGCUUAAAUGUAACAAUCAAAGUUCAUACUUUUUUUACAGAGAGCUUAAUGUGUUGGGUUUUUUUCAUUAUAUAAUACUCAGAUUUUUCUUUGUAUUUUACUGAAAUUUCUGAAUUGAUAUAUGGUCACUUUAUAAAAUUAAGUUUUUAACAUAUCUUUGACAUUUACUAUUUUAUCUGUGUAAUCCCAUUUUUGGUGAGGUUGCUUGUCAAUUUGUUUUUACCAAGGUAUUGAAAUAGACUCAUUUUUGAUGCAUUUCGUUUUUAGUUGUGUUAAACCUUAAAUAACUUUCGAUGUAAAGAAGCAAGGAUUACACAUUCUGAACUUAUAUUUUCAUGUUUUCUCAAUAUACCCAUAUAUAGAUUAUGUAUUGAACAUAACAUGAAAUGAAUUAAAUGUCUGUAAAGUUUUAAACAGUAAAUUUUUCUUGACAUUAGGUUAUUCAUGUUCUUGUAUAUUAUUAUAUUAUAAAAACCACAAGUAAAUAUCAAUGAAUCAAAGUAUCAGUUUAAUUUAUUGUGCUUAAUCCUCGUACAAAUACAUGUUUGUAAAUAUUGAUUGUCUUUAUACUAUAAUAAAACUAUAAGUCUUUAUAGACACAUGUCAAAUAAAUAAAUUUGACUUAUUAUCUUAUUUAGCUUAAACCAGUAAUUUAUAAUUUUGUUGAUAUAUGGUAAUACUUAUGUUGGUCCGAAGAUCUUAAACUACCUUUAUGUUGUGAGUUUUAAUCUAAAAUGAGAGCCUAUUUUGCUGUUAUUAGUUUUGUUACUGAUUUUCUUUUUACUUUUUUUCCAUGUCAUGUUUAAGCUUGUAUACUUGUCCAACUACAUGUAUAUUGAUAGUUCUUAUAUGUACAAAGUUUCUUGGUUGAUACAUUGUUUUUGUAUGGACAAGGAUUUUGUUGUAAGAUAUAAUGUCUCACAUCAAUCACAAAAUGUUAAUAGCAGAACAGAACAGAAAGUUUAUGCAUAUAACUUGAACAAUUCCAGUUCAUCGUUAUAUAUACAAAACUGAAAUAUAGCCAUCUCUGAUAUUAAUACUUGAUUAAUUUAAAUAAAAAAAGGAUAUUUGUCACAUGCUGUUCAUUGUUUCCAGUGAACAGCCAUCCCAAUUAUUUGUAUUCAAUAUUCGUUUUAAUUUGAAUAUAUUUUCAAUAACAUUUCGAGAAUUUUUGUUUGCUCCUUUUUUCUUUACUGAUUAUAAGCAUGUUAUUAAUUUUGCGAAACCUCAAAUGACAUCCCAUUAGUUAUCAGCUUUUUAGGUUAAUUAGCAUGUUUUCAUAAAAUUAGAAGUAUUUGCAGUUGAAAAAGAGUUUGAUAAAAACGGUCUGACUGAGGUUGUUAAUGCAUGCCAUAUUUUAUAACAGUCUUUUGUAUGCCAUAUUUUAUCAAAUUUGACCAGAUAUAGAAUAUAAAAGUUAGUAAGCACAUUUUUUUUAUUUUUUUAGAAUUUAAGAUAAAUACCGCAUGAUGCCUAAAUGGGUCUGAUGUCAUAUGUGGUCAAGGUAGCUUCAGCCCAGCCUGGGCAAAGGCACAGUCUGAACAGGAGCUACCCUGACCACUAAAUUCAUGCACUGUCUUGUGGUCUCAUUAGCGGACAGAGAAGCUCCAGACUGUGUGAAUGCACAGGCUGGGCUGAAGCUACGCUGGCCACAUAUGACAUACUACCUGUUUGGUCAUAUGAUUAUUUGAGUUGAGAAGAAACAUGUAUUCAAUGUGACAUUAAAUAUUAGGGAAUUAACAAAAAUAUAUACCAUGGCUUAACUUAAAUUCUUAUGAGUAAGGAAAAUACAUGUACAUACAAUGACAUUUGAGCUGGUCUCUAGGGAAACCAGGCCUAUUGCAUGCGCCUAAAGUGUUGUCCCAGAUUAGUCUUCGCAGUCCACAAAUGCUUAUCUCUGUGAGAACGAUUUCUUCUUUUAUGGAUUAGUUUAAAGAAAGUCUCUUAAUCACAAUCACGGAAAAAAACUGGGUUGUCCAAGAUUAGCCUUUGCAGACUACCAUAUUGUUGCUAUGGUAACGGAAAUUAGAGAAAACCAAACCAAAUAGUGUUUCAUCUGCCUCUUAUCACAAUAUUUAUCUGGUAGCGGACUGCUGCUUUGUCUGUGACAAAGCACUUAUUUUAUUUGUAUUCUGUGAAUAUGCUUUGCACGCAUUAGCUGAACCAUAUUUUGUUGUCAAUUUGUCGACAUUGUUUUGAUAAUAUUACUUAUUUUUAAUAAAAUUAUUGAUUUUACCAAUUUUUUGGUGUGCCAUAAUGUACACGGUUAUUUAACUUGUUAAGUUGAAGUAUGUUAUACUUGUAAGUCUCUGUCUAUCUUUUAAAAUAACCCAGUUAUGACAGCAUUAAAGAGGUAAUUUCACUGUUUUUAAAACAGUGAAUACUUGCUUUCAGUCAAGAAUAAUAUUCGUAUUUAAAAUCAUAAAUACAUUCUGUUUAUAAUUUCAAAAAUUAGUUUUAAAGAAUGAAAGCUGAUUGGAUGACAAACUGGCUUAUUGUUAUUGUCAUGUUUGGUAACUAUUUUAUAAAAAUCUCAAAUGUGCGCAAAGGGAUGAUCAUUCCGAUUUUGUUUUAAAUUCAACCUUCAACUAUGUUUCAUAUUGCUGGUAUAAACGGUGGCAGACUACAGUGUCCGGUAUAAUAUAAUUGAUGGAUGAAAACCAUAUACUAUUCACCAAAUAGUCGAGCUAAACUCCUACCUCAAGAGUCUUCGUGAUGCUAAUCUCCAUAUAAUUUUUUGUUUCCACUACAGGGAUUCAAUGGAAACUUUACACAUGUUGAUUGGGUAAUUAUGCAAGGUCACUCAUCAAGUACCAAGACUCGUACAUGCAAUUUAGUAGAAUUAUGCCCCUUUUGUAAUUAGAAAAUAUAUCUGUAUAUCUUCAACAUAUAUUCAAAUAACACUUAACACAUGUGUGUAUGUUCUUUAUGAAAAUGCACGUACAUGUGAUCCAACUUUUAGCACGAUUAUGCCACCACGACUUAUAAAGAGCUUGCAAGGUGAAAAGUAUAAUGAAAAAGAUGAUUCCGUGCACCACUGGUCUAUGUAUUAACUACUUCAGAUAUUCUAUUGAAACUGUUCACAUAUUUGGGGAUCAUUAUGCAUGGUCGCAUUAUAAUCCACAUAACCAUGACCUGUAAUUUAACAUUUUGGUCAACAAUACUGUUCCUACAAAAAGGAAACCAACUAUGUCUAAAUAACUAUAGCUUAGAGUGAGGUACUUAGCUUUAAUUUUGUGUGUAAGUAUAAUUUAUAUGAAGACUUCUCACAUACAUUUAAUUAUAUUCGCCUAAGCUAAUGAAUAAACAUCGCUCUUAUUGAUAACAGUUCAUAUUUAUUUCACAAAUGCUAUUUAUGUACUACAGAUAGUAAACUCCUAAUAUUAAGGAGAGUGACAGAAAACAAACAUAAUCCUAUAAAAUCAGAAGAAAUCGUGCGCAUCGUGUUGGGACAGAUCUUUUUAAUGUUUAUAAUCUUGAGCUAUCAGACAUUGUCUCCCUUGACUGUUUAAAGUUUUGAAAUCAAUAACUAGAACAAUUUCACUCUUCUCUAUUGAAUUUUUAAUCAAUAGACGAAUCGAAGCAUGUCCAGUCUUAUGUCUAUUUAUAAUCCGCAUAUUUGUAGUGGGUAUACUUGUAAAUGGAUCAUACUAGAAUUUUAAAUAAAUAUUUACGGCAGCUUAUCUAGCAUAGGAAACUGUGUUGAUGGGACCGUGUUUGGAUGUUUUGUUGACGUUUCUAGCAACAGUGUUUGUUUUUGAGUGUGGGUAUUCUAUAUUUCCAUUACUGAUGUCAAAACGAUUAACAUAUAGUCGGUUAUGUUAUAACGGUAAGUUUAAUAAAUGUUUACUGUAGUGUGUGAUAUAUAUUUAAUUGGCGUUUCGAUUGAUCAUUAAACAAUUGAAUAAAAUAUUGGACAUUCUAGUUUUCUGA